CCCGGUAGUCCCGGUGGGGUAGUGUCCCUGUCUCCGCUGGCCCCGGUUUAUCCUGCACCCUUCGGCGUGCGGCGGAGCGGAGGAUGAGCGAGCAAGGGAAGGGCUCGGCAUCCGCCUCUGCCGCGGCCCCGGCACCGGGGUCGGAUACUUACAAAGGCUGGCUUUUUAAAUGGACCAACUAUUUGAAGGGCUACCAGCGGCGAUGGUUUGUCCUCAGCAACGGCCUGCUGUCGUAUUACAGGACACAGGCAGAGAUGGCCCAUACGUGUCGUGGGACAAUAAACUUGGCCACAGCACACAUCGACACAGAAGAUGCCUGCAAUAUCGUCCUGAGCAGCGGCGGCCGUACUUACCAUCUGAAGGCUAGCACGGAAGUGGAGCGUCAAAGAUGGGUCACGGCACUCGAAUUGGCCAAAGCUAAAGCCAUCCGCAUGAUGAACGAUCAGUCUGAUGACUCAGGGGACGAGGAGCCCACAUCGCAGUCGGACCGUAGCGAGAUCCAGGGCACCCUGAAGAUACUUGUCAGCAAGCUCGAUGACCUCAGCACGUGCAAUGACCUGAUCGCCAAGCAUGGGGCGGCCCUGCAGCGUUCCCUGAGUGAACUCGAAGGCCUGAAAGUCCCCGUGGAGGGAGGAGAGAAGAUCAAGGCAGUCAACGAGCGAGCCACUCUCUUCCGCAUCACCUCCAAUGCUAUGAUCAAUGCGUGUCGAGACUUCUUGGACCUAGCUGAGACUCACAGUCGGAGAUGGCAGCGGGCACUGCAGUAUGAGCGAGAGCAGCGUACCCACCUAGAGGAGACCAUUGAGCAGCUAGCCAAGCAGCAUAACAGCCUGGAGCGAGCGUGGAGAGAAGCACCCACGCUUGUUUCCAGCACACCCAGUGCCCCGACCACCAACAAGGGGAGUGAGAGGUCGCGCAAAGAAGAAGCAAGUGAUGAAGAUGAAGAUACUGAAUACUUUGAUGCCAUGGAGGACUCCCCUGCGUUCAUCACAGUGACUGCCAGUGAGAACACGCAGCACAGGCGAUCUCAGAGUAAUUUAAGUGGAGCGAGCGGAGGCCAGCCCAGCGACUGGAACCAGGACAACCAUAUGUCUCCAAGCUGUAAUGAUGUGUCAGGAAAGGAGCUGCAGCCCCGCAGACAGAGGCGAACUCAUAUCCCAGACAAGCCCAACUACUCCCUCAAUUUGUGGAGCAUCAUGAAGAACUGCAUCGGCAAGGAGCUCUCUAAAAUCCCCAUGCCUGUAAACUUCAAUGAGCCUCUGUCGAUGCUGCAGCGUCUCACUGAGGACCUGGAGUAUCAUGAGCUCUUAGACAAGGCGGCACGCUGUGACUCCUCCCUGGAGCAGAUGUGCCUGGUCGCUGCCUUCUCCGUCUCCUCCUACUCCACCACGGUCCACCGGACAGCCAAGCCCUUCAACCCCCUCCUGGGCGAGACCUACGAGCUCGAUCGCCGGGAGGAGUUUGGCUAUCGCUCGCUGUGUGAGCAGGUGAGCCAUCACCCCCCAGCAGCUGCGCAUCAUGUGAUUUCCCAAAAAGGCUGGACCUUGUGGCAGGAAAUCACUAUCGCCAGCAAGUUCCGUGGAAAAUACCUCUCCAUAAUGCCUCUGGGUGCCAUUCACCUGCAGUUCCACGCCAGUGGGAACCACUAUGUGUGGAGAAAGGUCACCUCCACAGUGCACAACAUCAUUGUGGGCAAGCUGUGGAUUGACCAGUCGGGGGAUAUUGAGAUUGUGAAUCACAGGACCAAGGAGACCUGCCAACUCAAAUUCUCUCCCUACAGUUAUUUCUCCAGGGAUGUUCCACGGAAGGUGACGGGUGUGGUGGCGGACAGCGGGGGCCAGGCUCACUACAUCCUCUCUGGUACUUGGGAUGAAAAAAUGGAGAGUGCCAAGAUCGUUCAGAGCAGCCGAGGGGGCAGUGGAUCGGAGGGCAAGCAGAAGACCGUCUAUCAGACUCUGUCCCCCAAACUGCUGUGGAAGAAGUACCCUCUCCCCGAGAAUGCUGAGAACAUGUACUACUUCUCAGCUCUGGCGCUGACCCUGAAUGAGCCGGAAGAAGGAAUCGGACAGACCGACAGCCGUCUGAGGCCAGACCAGAGGCUGAUGGAGGACGGGCGAUGGGAUGAAGCAAACUCAGAAAAACAGAGGCUAGAAGAGAAACAAAGAGCUGUGAGGAGGAGGAGGGAAGCCGAGGCCUCCGACGCUCUAGAUGAAGGUAGAGAAUACGAAGGCUACCAGCCGUUGUGGUUUCACCAGAGGAGGGACUCAAUCACUGGAGAAACAAACUUUGUGUACAAGGGAGGUUACUGGGAGUCGAAGGAGAGACAGGACUGGAGCAUGUGUCCUGACAUCUUCUAACCCAGGAGCUCAUCUCGGAUCACACCUAACCUCAUCGGACAGGGAACCGCUCGGCCUCUGGUCCUCAGGCGGUGGAGCGUAGCUGGCGUAUGAGCACCAUGUGGACCUUUGCGAGCAUGAGAAUGUGUAUGUUUCACACACUCUCGGAAUACACUGUACCUCCAAAUGUACACUCUCACUCUGUUUUUUUAUUAUGGGGAAAAAGACGGCGCGUUCCCUGAGCGGUCCUCUUUGACGCUAUACUGAAACAGCAGUGAGAUACUGUGUGGAUGUGAGAUAAUGGAAUUGUAACACCACACAAUAAAGGCACCUGCACAGUCCUGAUGCUCCGGUGCUCCGUAAAUGCUACCCACAAUGCACUUUUCUCUGUUCACCAACCCAUUACAGAGUUUUACCCGAUUGGAUAGAAACCCAUAUCAGAGCAGCUCAUGAUUACAGACAGACAAAUUCAUGAAGAGGCAGAAGUAGAACAGUGUUGAAUACACAUGUCAGUGUUUUAGUGGUUACACAAAAAGUGUCCUCACCCUCUCUUUUAUUCAGCACAACUGAGAGUAAGCUUAUCCUGCUUUAAGAAUCUUAACUUUCCUCUUUUGCUUCGUGGAAAUGAUUUCAAGUGCUCAUCAUUUGCCCCUUUUGAUUGCUUAAAAAAAAAAAGACCUGAAUGCAGUGUCUUCAAAUUUCUGUCCCUUAGAUUUUGUUGUCAGCUGUAGAGACGCAAAGUGUUCAAAAUCCAGUAAAUUAAAAAAAGAGCGAUAAGAUAAAAGAAUAAACAUAUAAAUAACUACAGGAAAAAAAUCUGUAAUAUAACCCUGAAAAUGUGAAGUUAUCUGUUAGACACUUUUCAAAUAUAGCUCCCUGCUUUGAAUCGCAGGUUUUGUUUCAUUCCAGGAGUUAUUACAACGACUUAGGUUUGUAUUUGUAAAACUUUUUUAUAAGAGGACAAACAGGGCAGAGUCCGUUAUGUGACCAUUUGGCGCUAAGUGGUAUUACAGAAGAAACUGAUCGUCGAGAAAAACAACAAAUAGAAACUGUGCAAAAAGAGCAUUCUGACUGAAACACUGCUGGUGUGAAGUAACACUGGUCUACUGUGGCAACUUUUCUGUGAUGAUUCAACUACGAUUUUUGUUUCAAAAUAUGUUUUUGGAAUAAUUUUGAACACUUUGAGUCUCUGUAAUCAACAGCUAGCGUUCAAAUGGGAAAAUAAUCUCUUUCUUAUACAUUAGAGGCUGGUUUAUCUGAACUUAUGAAAUAUGCAGCAAAGCAGAAACACUGUAUGUUUUUUUAUUUUUGUUUGGAUGUUGGGAUUUCCUUCUAGUUACAUGCAGUUAGUCUGUUCAAUAGCCAGUCCAUGUAGAGAUAAUGUGACUGCUUCUGCACUUCAUAUUCUGAAUAUGAAUUGCCUCAAUGCUUUAGUGCAUUUCAGUCACCCGAACAUGCUUCAGACAUUUUACCAUUUGUGAUUCUGAUUAGCAAAAUUCUACCGUCGUAGUUAAUCCUUUAGUCGUAACACAUUUAGUGCCCUUGCAGUGGUACAUUGAGCUUCGAAACAUUCAUGUCACUCCAGUAGGAAUCUCCAUCGAAGCCCUAAAUAAGCACUUUUCACUGUGGUUGACUAGAGGUUAGUACAUAUCUCUGUGUUGAUGUUGACAAGUUUCACUCUGUACACGUACUUCUUUACCUUGUCCUCUGGUGCUCUCCCAUAGCAACACAUACCGUAUCCUUGGUGACCAUUUUAGCAUAAUUCUCAAUAAUCAUACAAACUACUGAGUCUGCAUCGAAACGCUGAGACAUCCAGCGAUCGCCACCCAGGAACACGCUGGUUUCUGUAGUGUGCACUGCACGAGUUCCACAGCCUCCAUCGGUCACUAGUUUGUAGCAGAGACGUUUCCAGUGGGUUUACUGUAUCUGAGGCUGGAGCGGAUCCUCUGAGGAGCCCAGAGUGGCUCCAGCUGACAGGAGGUCAGAGGUUUUCGAAGCAGACAGGGCUGGUUCCUGUGUCCCGCUCCACUGUGCAGUCAGCUGCAGCCACAGAGGAGCGUCUCAGCUGCCGCCGCUCCAGCCUCACCACAGCUCAUUCGCCGUUUGUGGACGUGCUGAUCUGGGAUCAGCUCACACAACAGAUACCCUGAGUCUUUUGCCUUUAACUGACUGAAUAAGGGAACGAGUCCCCUGACCUGUGCACUACAAGUCUACGGUGACAAGAGUUUUGAAAAACAGUUAGUAUUUUUUUGUAAUUAUUGUUAGGAAUGUAGAAUUCAUGGCUGGAGGUAUUGUAUCUACCAUCUAGUCUAUUUGUGUGAAUAUUUUGUGAUAAAACAAUGAUAUUGUAAAAUGAAGAAUAAUUAUACUAAUCUGAGUAUUAGGUUAUCUGUACAGCAGAGUUCCACACUGAAAAAAAAAAA